AUGGACGUGCGAAGGCGAGCCUCUUUGGAGAAUUUAUUUCAACUCAAUCCCUUCAAUUACAUCGAAAAAGAAAAAAAACUGGAGCAUGAAGAUAAAUUGAACCGACGAAAAAAAGCAGAUCUCCCUCGCCAGGAUUUGGAGCCCAGCCAAGAAAUGUAUCCGUACGAGUGUUACCCGCUCAAUAUUUUAAAUCGUAGACGAGCGCAGCUGCUGGAUCAAAUAGAGAGCUCUCAUUUUAACCCCGGCGAUGAGAGAAAAAAAAUUCGAAUCUGGCGUAAUAUGAAAGCGGAUCUUCAAAUUGACAUGAGCAGCUUCAUCAAAACUGAAUCAUCCCCGGAAGUGGAACUAGAGACCUGGACCACCGGGGAACGAUGCAUUCCGUACCGCGAUCAAGUCCUAGGAUUGGGAGCUAUUGACUCAAAUGUCGGAGAUGUUGACGUUGAUGAUUAUGCUACUUGCAGAGAACUUGGGCAUGCACGAGUGCCUGCAGUAUGCCUGGCCACUAAAAAAACCCAUCAGAUUGUUGAUCGAUCCACCGGAGAACGGCCGGGCUUAGUGGACGGUGAUUACGUAACGUGUGAAUUUGAGUCCAAGGGUGAUUACCGACUUGUGUACACUCAGGUCUGUUUGAGAGGGACCAAGGGGAUGCAUCUGAUUGAACUGGCUAGGGAACGCACGAAGACCUGGAAGUUUUGCUUUUAUCAAGCGCUGGUUGCUUUGUUAGCUAAAACGCAAUUGAGAUAUAAAUUUGCAACCAGUAACAAUAUUGAUUACAUCUACGACCUUGCCUGGAUGCUGUUUCUUCACGUGGGAAGUCUCAGUAUCAAUCACAAACUUAGAUUGGACGACGUGGUGGUUUAUAAUUACAAUUACUGCGUAGAAAUGGAGUUAGUCCAAGAAUUGAAGGAUGUUGAGAAAGACUCGGGCGUUGGUUUCAGAUUUUUGGAAAAGGGAGUAAAGAUACGGGCAAUGAAAAGGCCGGAAUUGAUGAAAUUGACUGGAGAGUUGGGACAAGAAAAGAAGAAAUUAUUUUUGGACAAGCCGGUUCAUGAGGGAACGAAGGAAAUAGAGCACUGGUUUGAUAAACUACCGGAUAAUUGCAGAAAUUGUGUGUUCAGGACUGAAAAGUUCGCGCUGGCUUUUUGGAAAGAUGGCAGCUUUUGGUACCUGUACAAUCCUUAUCGUUGCGACAAGUUUGGGUUUUGGGAUGAUAAUGGGAAGGCGAGUGUCAUUAAGUUCUGCUCGAGGGUCGCUUUGAGAAGACAUUUGAUGAUUUUGCUGGUUAGGGCGUAUGCUUAUGGGGUUAAUCGUGGUGAUUUGGAGCAAAGUGAAGAUAAUUUUGAGGAUUUAAAAAGCGAAAAAAUUGGUGCAGAUACUAAAGGUGAUGGAAAUGUGGAAAGUGAAGAAGUAAAUUUUAUAAAUGAUGAACAAAAAUUGGAAAAUGUAAAUGAUGGAGAAGUUCAGGAAAAUUAUGAAGUUGAAAAUGUAGAAAAUAAAGAUGAAAAUCUGGCAAGUGAUGAAAAAAAUGAAGAAAAUAUAAAAAAUACUGAAGAAAUUCGAGAAAAUGAUGAGAAAACUUUGGACAAUACAAACAACUUAGAAAUUGAUAAAGUUAAUCCGGAAAAUCAAGAAGAAAGUACGAACAAUGAAGAAAAUUUAUAUAUUAAACAAAGAAAUCAACAUCAUAAUUCAGGAAAUGAUAAAUUAACAAUUCAAAUCUUCCAGUUGAAUUAUAACUGCGUAAAACUCCACAAUCUUAAAUUACUCUGUAAAAAUUCAUCAAGACCAAAAACAAGACCUAUAACCAAAAAAGUAGACGAGUAUGAUGUAUCUUCAAACAAUUUAGACAGCGAAUUAGUUCCCAGUACCGAGCAUAUUGAAAAACCUUCAUGGCUGUCUGAAAACCGAAUUACCUGGUCAAAAGUAUCCUCAGCCUCGCCGUGCAGAAAAGCUCGUUGGCACGAAUAUUUAGUGGAAGAACCGCGAAAACUAUUCAGUCUCUGGGGUGAAAUCCAUCCGACGGGCAGGAUGUUCUCUCCGGAAAACCGUGGGAAGCAGAUUCACGCAUGUUACCUCGUCUGUUUGGGAAUGUCACGAAUAAUGGCGCCGGAAUAUUGGAGUUCCAAGACACUGGAUACAGUAGUAAUGUGCGGUGAUCGAUGUUACGCAUCCAGCAGACUUCAAAGUGACGCUGCAUUGGGAAAUUCCAUUGACAAUAAUAAUCAGAGGAACAAUGCCGAUGUCGACAGAGCACGUACGUCCUGGGAGAGCUACUUAACGAGGCAUUUUAAAAUUGGCGAUAUGCUCUUUGAAGUCAAAGUACUCUCGGCAAUUUGUGGAAGACUCUAUUCAAGAAAUUCUUUAUGGAAAAUUCUUCAGCAGAUGUUCCUCACACACUCUUACGGAGUCUUAACUUGCGAGAGUUCUUGUCUUGCUAUUUUUAAAUUCUGCGGAGCUUAUUACGUCUUUGACACUAAUUCUUUCGGUCCGCCAAUUUUUGACUACGGUCAGGGGGUUGCUUAUCUGCUUCGUGCCACAAGUUUCCAAAAAUUACUUAAAACUCUUAUUCUGAUUAUAAAUUCCCUGGAGUCCAGCAGAUUUUCCGUAAAUCCUGUGGAAAUUUUAAAAAUAAUCGACGUCGAGUCUCCUUGCAGCAAAAUCAAAGAGAAAAAAUUGAAGAAAAAAUUAAAAAGGACAAAAGGCUGUAAAUAA